AUGGGGAAAGCAGUACCUACAGUUGGGCUUCAGCAGGAUACGCUGCUAACGUCGCCCGGUCGUCUACGGAAAGUUGACCUGCUUCGGGAUAAAAACAUUGGCAAAUACUUGCCCCUCCCUCAACUUGUUGCAGUGGGCGACCAGAGCUCUGGCAAAUCUUCCCUUCUCGAGAGUUUGACAGGCAUACCCUUCCCUCGAGGCCAGGAAUUAUGCACUCGCUACGCCACGCAAAUCACCCAUCGCCGUGAGAGUGACGCUUUCAUCAACAUCAGCAUUAUUCCAGCUUCGAGUGCCUCUAAGGACGAAACAGUUCUCCUUCAAGCUUACCAAAAAUCAGUCAAGACGACUUUUGAAUUACAGAAGCAGCUUCCCAGCAUACUUGCGGAGGUAAAUGAGGUCAUGGGCAUACGUACCAUCCAGAAUCCCACGGGCACCAGGACUUUCAGUGAAAACGUCCUGAAGAUAGAAAAAUGCGGCCCAAGUGAAGACUAUUUGACCGUUAUUGAUGUUCCUGGAAUUUUCCGAGCGACUGAGAAAGACAUCACAACUUCGAUGGAUAAAUCAUUGGUCCUCAGCAUGGUGCAGAACUACAUUCGCGACGACCAAACGAUUAUACUUGCCGUUCUUCCUUCCAAUGUCGAUAUUGGGACGCAGGAGAUAUUGGACAUGGCGGAAUUGUAUGACCCCAGUGGCCAGCGGACUCUUGGCGUUCUUACCAAGCCUGAUUUGGUCCGGGAAAGAAGCGCCCAGAGCGGCGUGUGCAACUUAAUUAAUGGCAAGAAGAAACCUUUGAACCUGGGGUAUCAUCUUGUCCGCAGUCGAGGAGGCGAUGACGACGGAAACGCCUUCAGUGACGUGGAAAGAGACAUCAUGUUCAGAGAGGAGCCAUGGUGUCAUUUGCCUCCUGAUCGACUCGGCGUGGUUGCGCUUCGUCAACGUCUCCAGCACCUACUCGGGGAGCUUAUAGACAGAGCCUUUCCAAAGCUUCGUGCCGAGACCAGAGAGAUGCUCACCCAGGCGCGUAAGGACUUAGGCAAGUUGGGUCAGUCCAGAAAGACAGAGCGGGAACAGCAACAGUAUCUUUCAUCGAUUGCGAGCGGCUUUCAGGAUAUUGUUCGUCCGGCACUGAAUGCAGACUACUCAUCUUCUGAGGUAUUCGACAAUGAUAAUUUCCGACUUAUCACUACUGUUCUGAAUAUGACCGACGAGUUCAAGACGAAUUUCACCGCGACUGCCCAUACUUACCAGUUUCUGGAGCGCAGUCAAAACAGCAACGAAGACUCUGAUUUUGAUGACGAUAGUCAGCCUUUUUCAAUGUCUGAUUUUGGUGAAGAUGGUGUUUUAUUUGACCGGUAUCCUGAUCUGGAUUCAGUGAUUAAUCGAGAAUGCAAUGAUUGUCCGCCUUUGAAAGGAAUCAUGGACUGGAUUAAAAAGGUUCAUCGCCGUUCCCGGGGCAGCGAACUCACGUCCUACAAUGCGUCUCUAUUUGCGAGCGCUCUAAGACAGCAGACGUCGAAGUGGCAGAUUCUGACAGAGUUUUUUGUCAGCAAAAUUGUUUACAAGAUCCAUGAAUUCAUCGUCAUUGCAUUGGGAGUUGUAUGCUCAGAUACAAAAGUCCGCGAAGAGCUUUUAUCUCAAAUGUUGGAUGCUAUUCUUGAACGAUAUGGUGCCGCUAUGGACCAAGCUCGUCUGUUGGUAGAAGUGGAGAGAGAUGGACAGCCGUACACUCUCAAUAACGCCUUCAAAGAGGCGCUUUCCAGCUUACAGAGUGCUCGAACGGAACAAGACUUGAGCUCCAAGCUCAAGUCAGUUGAGUUCAAUGAUAAUCGCCAAGGCCAUGCCAUCUCUCUCGGCGAUAUCCAGGCCACACUCCGCGACAAAAAUCGCGGCAAAUACAUUGCGGAAGAGGUCCACGAUUUAAUCAAGUCCUACUACGAAGUUGCUCGCGACCGUUUCAUUGACAAUAUUUACCUUCAAGUUAUUGCUCAUAGCCUAGUUUCUGGCUCGAAUAGCCCUCUUCGACUGUUUUGCGAGAAAUGGGUGUUGAAUUUGGAGACUGAGAAAUUAGACGCUAUUGCUGGAGAGUCAUUUCACACACGCGAGCAGCGCGAAAGACUGAUCCGGACAAUCAAGGAUCUGGAGCAAGCGGCUGAUAUUCUCAGAUGA